AUGACGUCCAUAGUUAAAACUGAAUUAGUAGAUAAAUAUUCAAAAUAUGUUAAAACAAUUAGAAAUCGAAUUGUUGAAGUUGAAUUUCAUUGGUUUCAAGUAAAUCCACGUCAAAGUUAUCGAUUACGAAUUAAUGGAAAACAAUUUAAUGAAGUACAAAAACAUAUGCAUUCAAAAAAAUUAUUAAAUCUAAAUUUUGAACAAUUUACUGAUUUAAUAACACCUAUAUUUGCUAAUGAUGCUGCUGAAUUUAGUAGUUUUGUAUUACGUUCAACUUUUGAUCAUUUAUUUGAUCUCAAUUCUAAUGGUACAAUUGAACAAGAUGAAUUUGAAGCACUUUUUUUAUUACUUCAAGGUUUUAAUUCCAAAAAACAAAAUUUAUUACAAGAAAAUCUUCGUCAAAUGCUUGGUAAUCGAAAUAAACAUAUUUCAUUUCAAGGUAUUAAUAUUCCAAAAAUGUAG